AUGGCGACUGCAGCACCUUCACCCCUGGCCAGCUCUCCAGAGAAGACAAAUGGAAACAAGCUGAGCAGGCUUCUCAUCGAUGGCGGAACAACAGUACUGAGGAAUAUUUUCGAUCACUAUCACCCACCUGCCAUCUUGGCUUCUGGUCUCAAUUCCAAUUACUCCGUUCUUAGCAACCUUUUGCGUAGAAGAGUUCUAAAUGGCCGUCAGUGGAACAAGCUCUUUCCCCCUGGUGGAGGGGUACCAGACUCUAACACAUUUGACAUCACUCUUCUCUUCCUUCUGCUAACCAACAUUUGUGGUUUGAUCCCUCCCUCGUCAGGGUGGCAUGCUAAGCCAUUUCCGGGUGAUAGCUCUCUUGAAGCUAACCUUGCUCGAGUUAAGUUUUUUCGCAAUGAGUUGUAUGGUCACGUGACCUCCACGGGAGUUGAAACGACAUCUUUCACUACCCUGUGGCAAGAAAUAAGCACCACUCUUUAUUCGCUCGGUUUAGAUCAAGCAGAAAUUGACAGACUGAAGGCAGAGCAGGGAGGAGAGGAAGAUUACCUUGAUGCCUUAAUUGAGUGGGCUGACAGUGAAGAGGACAUAAAAACACAGCUAAAGGAUAUCCAGCAGACGCAACUUAAACUCAGUAAAACGGUUGAAGAUGGCACUUUAAAGAUGGAAGAGCUACGUCAAGGCCUAAGCAGAACUCAGGAUGUCGUAGAUGAAGCAGUGGAAAUAGAACUCAAAGGACAACAAGAAAUGAGGGCAGCACAGUCACGUUUAGAGGGAGUGUGUGAGUCCCAAGACGAAAUUCGUGCGUCAAUUCAAGUGGUAAAAGAGGAAGUAAAAAGCUUGACGAAAAAGAGAAACGAGCAGGCAGAUGAAGUGCUAAGAACUCUCGUGAAGUCGGAAUUCAAAGGAGACAUAGAAUUUCAUGCAAACAAAUUCCAGGAAGGAACUCGUGAGUGGAUCUUCAAAAGUAUUGAAGACUGGUUAGAUGACCGAGCAUCGCCACAUCGGGUGAUGGUAAUCAGUGGAAAUCCAGGGAUGGGAAAGACUGUUAUCUCCGCUGUUGUUUCGCAAAGAAUGCAAAAGACUGGAAGACUCUCGGGAAGCCACUUUUGUCAGCAUAACAAUUCAAGGUACAGAGAUCCGCGUUUAAUGCUCCAGUCUUUGGCCUGUCACUUGUGUCAAGCGAUGCCAAGUUACAAAGAUACUCUGGAAGAACAGCUGUCAAGAAAUCUGGGAAAAGACCUCAACAACAUGGGUGUAGAAGAACUGUUUGCGUUGCUGUUCAAAGAGCCUCUAAGCACGGUACAAGAUCCUGGAAGAAACAUCCUAAUAGUUAUAGAUGGCCUCGAUGAAAGCGAGUACCAAGGACGCAAUGAGCUUCUACAUGUAAUCAGUAACCACUUUCCUAUGCUUCCAGUUUGGAUGAGAAUUUUGAUCACAACUCGUCCAGAGAGGAGCAUAACAGAGGCAUUGCGACAUUUAGAGCCAAUCGAGCUUAAACAAAGGCGUGAGGAAAACUUAAAUGACAUUCAAACCUCGUUUGAAAAUCAACUCAGUAACAAAAUUGGUGAAAAGCAUAAAGAUAUUCUCUUGAAAGAGCUGGUUAAGAAAUCAGAAGGCCUCUUUAUUUACGCUUACUUUAUAGUGGAUUUUAUCCAAAAGAACGUUUCAAUUCUCACCCCCGAUCAGCUGGAAAGCGUAUUGCCUUCAGGUAUUUCAUCCGUUUACUUGUCCUAUUUCAAACGUUUAGAGAAUGAACUUUGCAAAGAGCUUCAUGCAGAUGAGGAACAUUUUUUGCGUUUCCUGUGUGCUUUGACCGCUUCAAGAGAACCCCUGCCAGUGGAAUUUAUUGCCAAAAUUCUAUAUCCUGGAGAAAAAUCAUUGACUGCGCAGCGAAAAGUUAAAAAAGCAAUAUCUUGCAUCUCUACACUGUUACCAGUUCGCGAGGGUCGUCUUCACUUCUUUCACAAGUCAAUCAAGGACUGGUUAAUAGCAUCAUUGCCUUAUGAACAACACGAUUUCGCGGCGGACGAGAAAGAAGGCCAUUACGCCCUUUCUGAUCUUUGUGCUUCUGAACUCGAUAGCUUGCAGCGAAAAGGGGUUCAUGACAGACAGUUUACGAAUACUGAAUCAUAUGCUUUGCAUCAUGGUACCCAGCACAUGCUUCAGGUGGUGAAUGAUCAUGACUGCGCUGACGAAACAAGAGCCAAUAGUGUCACAGCAGAACAGGUCUACAAAUACGCAACGGACCUGGAGCUUGUUUAUGCGAAACUUAAAGUUAAGAGCACGUUCGCUACAGAAGAUCUUCUCAGUCUUCACAGUCAAAGUUGCAGUUUAUUAAGCGAUGAAAGAGAUUUCGUUGUGACGUCUCUCCUUAGCCUUCUUAAAAAACACUCUUAUAUCUUGGUUGAUCACCCUCACCUACUUUUCCAAUGCUUGAUUAACGAAGGAAUUCCUGAAUUAUCGUCUUCAGCAGCAAUUAUCCUUGAAUCGUCAACACCCAAAAUACCCUACAUGAAACAUUUAAAGAAUGAAGACCAGAGAAGAGCUAAUAAGGCAAGGUUUUACUGUUCAGACAAAAUCGUUUGUUUUGAUGUUUCACCUGAAAUGGACUACUUGAUAUGCGAAUGUCGAGAUGGAACUAUCUGUCUGUGGUCCCUUCUGACAGGUAACAAGAUAUGGGUUCGGCCAACAUUGACGAAGAAAGAGUUCUAUUCUGGAUAUCCAGACGACAGUGCAUACCGUGUUGUAGGUAAUAACUCUUUGUCUUAUUACCGUUCUGUGACGUUUCAUCCAAAUGGGGAAUCUGUGCUAGCAGGGACACUGCAGUUUGUGUAUACUCUGGAUGGAGAUAGGAAAGACCUUUUCCCCAGCAGUGAUUGCUUUUUUUCAAAUUUCGUCUUCUGCAAAGACAAGAAAGAAGUUUUAACUGACCGCCCAAAUAAGCCAAAGGAGGUAGCCUUGUGGAAUAUAGUAAAUGGUGAAAACGUCUUAAACAUCGUUGCUGACGAAGAAAUUGCUACCUUUGCCAUUUCGGAAGACGGGUCACAAGUUGCUUUUUCCCAAGUGACUUUUGAAAUUGUUAUUUUUGAUCGAGUUAACGAAAGUGUCCAGAGGAUUCUUCGAACUGAGUCGGUGGUUUGUGGGCUGAUGCAUUUCACACCCGAUACUGAGAACACUCUUGUUUGCGGGUUUCUUGGUUUUACUGUCGAGUAUGAAUGUGGCACUUAUAAACGUUUAUUUUGUGAUCGACCACAGUUUUUAACUGUUAAUUCCGAUCUCGUUUUUGAUUCUGUUCAACCUAGAGCUUUUAGGUUAUGGCCAUACGACUCAUCAAGCACUUUGGAUUGGGAAUUGGGAUACUGGGAAUUAACGAUGCAGGACUAUUGGGUGCAUUGCGUAAUCCCCAGUAAGUUUUUGUACGCAGGCUCCUACAUCAGACUCAAUAAAGAGUCGGUAUUGGCUGGUAGCCCAGCUUGCAAGUACGUCGCUAUGGUAAACACUGAAGAGGUGUUUCGAUUGCAGAAUGGUGGAGUUGUCGUGAAGAUUGCAUUCUCUCUAGAAGGAGAUGCCAUUUAUUCCAUUACUUCAGAAUCAGAAUCUCUUCAUCAUAACUUAACGUUGACUGUUUUUAGAAUGUCAAAUAAUGAGCUGUUGAGCACAAAAAUAUUCCCUGGCCCCAUUUCCAUCUUUCCAACAAGAGAUGGCGUCAUGCUUCGAAAACAUGACAGAGUCACGGAGUUAUGGAGCUUUGACAUGUCCACUUGUCUUAGACCUCUUCCCAAGGUUACCGAAUACGAGAAAGUUUAUACUAUUUCAGAGGUAUUUAUAGCCUGUUGUUAUUCGGUGCCAUUUUACGAACUGUCGGAGGAUUUAGAGAAUGAGGGUUCAGAUAAUUCAGAAGACUGGCCUAAUGAUAUAGACGAAUGGUGUGCCGAUUCUCAAGACCAUUGGGUUAUUGACGUCUUGGACGUGACCAGUGCUGGCAGCAGGAUUGUUUCAUCACUGAAGGCCGAUUUGGAUGCCGAUGAAAUGAUAAUUUCAGUUCUAUGUAGUGAUCCAAGUCAAGUGUUACUUUGUACUCUUAAAGAGGAAGAUGUUGGAGUUCUCUUCUUGGAGAACGUAAAACUCAGUUUAAGGAAAAACGGUUUGAUUGUGUGGGAAAGAACAACGUGCUGGAUUGAUUCUAUAAUUGAGUCACACCUGCUCUGUUUACCUAGAAAUGAAUUUGUUGUCACUUGGAAUACUCUUGACCAAGGUCAUGGCUUGCAUGUACUUAAUGCAGAUACGGGAGAAACAUUACACGUCUUCCUUGGAGAACAAAAUGACAUUAUUGAUUGUAAGUUUCUCGAUGAUGAAUCUGUGGUUUGCUGCAGUGAGGACAACUUCCUUCGAUUGUAUAAUAUCAGAACAGGAGAUCUACUAAGUGUUCUAGACAUUGGAGAGCAACCGUUCUCUUUGGGAGCUUGUUUGUACCAGCCUCUUGUCGCCAUUGGUUUGUCCGGCACAAGAAUAAAAUUCGUCCACGUACAGUUGCCAAAAGAAACUAAAAAGACUGAAAGGUUAGUUUCUUUUAUCAGUUUCUUGGUCAUCGCGGUAGAUUAACUAUAUAGUGAAGCCCCUAAAACCAACCCUCGUUCUGCCAUCAAAAUGCCAUCGCAUAAAAGAGGGUUUCAGAUAAGAAAAUGAGUGUGUGUUUUCUUUGGUCGAAGCAAAUGCUGCGUCCUAGUGACGGUGUCCACUGAACUCAGGCAACAACAUGAUAUUUUCUUUUGGUACCUGUUGGUUCGAGUUGGUUGUAAAACCACUUUCGAGAUUUUUAACGUGGUUUAGGACUAGAACUCCUUUUUUCGUAGAUCCUCCACCGCACAAUGCAAGGCUGUCUAUCUUAGGUCCUUCACAGAUGCCUAGUCCCUUAAUGAACAGAGUAACGCAACUGGGUCUUUACAUGAAACUAACGACUUUCUUAUAUAAAUUGAAUUGUAGCCUCAGUCAUCGAACGCCAGUGAAUUAACCUCCUUAGAAGUCUCAGAGGAACUGAAACUUGACAAAAAGAGUUGGAUUCUCAAAUCAACGCCCCUGAAUUUAUCUGCCUUUCUGAGAACUCGUUGAGGGAGCUCCGUGAACACUGAAGAAGCAAUUGCGCAGCGAGGAUUGAAAUCCAUUGGAAUAGCCCUGAGGGACUGGAUUUUAGUUUUCAAGUUAGACAUGUUUGAAAUUUGCAUAUCAUCACAGGGGGGAGGGGGUGGGGUUACAUGGAAAGGAACAGGGGUGUGGAUACCCCUUAAUGAACCUAUCAAGAUCAGAAUGUUUCAGUAAUUAACCGAUUCGAUUGCUUUGAAAUUGAAACAUAGCCUGGAGAGUAGCAUAAAAACGUUUAUCUCGAAGGUUACAAAAAAUUAAUCGGGUUAUGAGAAUAUUAGUAGAAUUUUGCCUGUGCUGCAUCAUGGCAUUAAGGGUAUUCCAAGUUGACGCUAGCUGUCUGUAGAAACUAAUGUACAACGGCCAUAUCGUGGGAAUUGUAAGUAGUUACAGAGCUUAAACACAAAAAUUACCCAGAUACACAAGUGAAAAUCAAGUGGUUGGUGUUACUGUAUAACAGUGAAAACAGUCAGAUCUUUUUGCAGUAACGAGAAGGUGAAGCAAGCUCACUCGAUCUAAUAUUACUUCUCAUUUAGAAGAGGCCGGAAGCGCGUGCUUUUUUCUUGCAAAAUCGCGAGCAAUUAAUCCAUAUUUAUAACUUGCAUUCCGCUAUUUCGUUUAGCAUACAGCUAUUUCGAGAAAGGUUGUAGGAAAAAGUGCACGCGACAAUCCCGAAAGGCAUUGUGGAUGGUUUUUAGUUCACUGUUUUUCAAGGAAAUUUGAAAGAAUGGCACGAGAGGCCAUGGACGUAUGUUUACAUGGGCUAAAGGAAAGCAACAAAAGUAGGUUAAACAGCUACAGUGUCAGAAACAGUGUAUUGAUCACAUCCCAUAUUACCUUUCGGGAUUGUCGCGUUCACAGUUUUUCCGACCACCUCUCUCGCAAUAACUGUAUAUUAAUCCUUUCCACGGCUGUUAAAGACAAGUUGUUUUAAAAAAGUAUUUUGUAGUUUGGAAUGCCGAUACAACGAGCUGUCAGUAGACUGGGAGAAUGUACUAAUUUUAACGGGCCUACGGGGGUACUGUUGUAAUUAACUUACGGUUCUUUGGCACUCCGUUACUACGAUGUUACGUUGUGUCUGCGUCGAGUCUGCAUUGUGUCUUACCGUCCUUUGGCACUUCGUUACUACGACGUCUGCGUCUUAUUCCAUACUUACUUAUUAUUGCAAAUGGGGAGACAAAUAUCACUCGUUAUUAUAAAGCUACUUAAGACUGUUUUCACCCUGCGAUUAGUCAAUUUGCGGUCCAUAACCUACUGUAGGGACCAAAAAAAAAAUCAAAUCAAAUACUCAUUUUUAUCUCGAGAAAUGUAUUUACAUUCGGCGGAGCUAAACGUAGUGGCAGUGACAGAGAAUGUAAAUACUUUCCUAUUGGUAUGAACGCACGUGAGCCGUUAUGGCGUUAAUUGACUCUAUUGUUAUUAGGUAUAUAAGGUUUUGACAGUUGUAAUAUGUAUUCAUCUCAGCUCUCGAACUAUCAACUUUUAUUUUUAUAUCUUACUUUAUUCAUCUAUCGAUUGAUUUUUUACCUUUAACCCCCAGAGGUUGUGCGACCGCAUCGGUUGGGGAAUACGUUCCCAAUUUUUUCCCAUUGGGUUUUUGGGUUUUCGCAUCAGGCGGCGCACGUGAAUAGUUUAGCCUGAGUGACUUUAUUUAGGGAUAUUUGUAUGCCAUUCUUUCGUUAUGAUGUUGAACUUUGUAUGAUAUUUGGACGGCAUUAAACACUCAGGCUCCUUAGUUCGAGCUGCACACCCAUUCCCGUCUCUUAGUCGUGAAUAUAAAUAGGAAAAAUAUUUUAAACAAAGAAUAUGUCUGUAAACCCUGAGAACUUAGAUGAUGACUUCGCCCCUCCACGUUUUUACCUGUGUUUAUUUGAGAACGAAGCAGAUGAAGAAACUGGUUCGUUAUCUUACCUAAGAAGAAAAUUUUAGUCAGUAAUCGAAAAUUUAAACGAGGGUCAAGGUUCUGAAGGUUAAGAAGACGAGAAUGGACUGGAAGAGAUUUGAGACGUUUCCCUAAAGAAUAAGAAGCGAAUCAUUCAACAAUGAUGCCAAACCCACCUUGACAAGCUUCUACUUUGUAAUGUGCUAUUUUUUUCGUGUGCCAAUAAAAACUUUCUUUUUCUGAAGCCUAUCAAAUUACUGUCACAUCGCUUGUCCUGCACUUGUUUCCGGUCCCCAAACAGGAAGUCAUACAACAUACAUCUUGUUAGCCUCGUUUUCUCGGUCCGUAUUUUAAAUUAAGGAACCUUGUUUUCUUUCGAUCAAUUUAUGGCCCAAACGGGAAUAAAUCGAUGAAAAGCCUUGGUCCGUAAUUUACAGUACCGAGACCAAAACGAGGCUAAUAUGCAAGAGGUAAUUAUACCGGAAAGCUCGUUAUUCAGGCGGGUUUCCUAUUCUCCUUAAGUUUUUUCUUCUUAUCAAAAAAUUCAGUAGGCAAAUUUUCAGAUGAGAAUACAUUUUACAGUACUUGGUAGGGCGUUUUUUUACCUGAGUGCCUUGCUUGGGAGACUGGACGACCACUCCCUACGUAAUCGACGUUAGGUGCUAUCUUCUAUCUCUGUUUGUAAUCAAGUCCAGAUAUUACGCGUACUCUGAUUGGUACUCUGAUUGAUUACUCUGAAAAAGGGUGCUUUAUGAGAUAUUAAACACGAAGCUAAAGCUGUCACGCAAUCUGCCAAUAAUUUGUUUUAAAAAUUAGGAAGUAACCCGAGGGGAAUUUAACGGAUUCUUUAUCAUAAGGCAAAUAAAGAAGCUUUGACUGCGCUCUGUUCUGUAGUAAAGCACUUAAGAGGCGGCUAGAGUACUUAAGAAGUAGGGAGAAACACUCAACUACGUUUUUCUCGUUUGCUCCUACACUUCUUGAGUGCUCUAGCCGCUUCCUAAGUGCCUUACAACAGAUCAAAGUACAGUCUAGGCUUCUUUAUUUGUUAAUAGGGACUUUAAGAUCCAACGACGCGACGGCAAUGAGAACGUCGCUCAAAAAGUGAAUUUGCGUUCUUUCAGUCUAUAUUGCAGUUAUUCCUACCCACUUACUUUGUCAAAUGUAGGCGAAUCCUCCUGGAGUUGAAUUCGUAGGCAACAUAUCCGAGUACAGUAGGAGAAAUAAAAUUUCGUCGUUGCUUGUUUACGUCCUCCAUAAAACGCGAAAUUACGCAUGUUCACGUCGUAGUCGUGCAAAAACGGGCAGAGAAAUGUACAAAAAAGCAUGGUGCACGUGCAAAGUUGUUGUUUUGCUAAUCAAACCUAUUGUUUUUUUGACGUUCUCGUUACCGACCGCGUCGUUGGAUCUUAAAGUCCCUAAUUACUUUUAGUGUACAACAACCAGCCAUCCCUGAAGGCCCCAAGAGAGUUCGCCUGUCGCAGCUCAGUAGGAAGGCUAUUCCAAAGAACUGCUCCGGAGGAACUGAAACUAUUUUUCAUAAAGUUUGAAAAAGGAAGAGGAAUAUUGAGUUUGCUGUUGGUGUCUCUUAAAGAGCAAGUGGAGAUAUUGCAAUGAUAGUUAGCUUUCUACUCACCUUCCUCGACCUUUAUGUAAAGUUUCCCGGCAGUCCAGAAACUAUAAGGGAAUUAGCAUAAGCUUUAGGCGCAACGAUUUCUGAGGUCGUAUGGGAAGACAAGCGUUACUUAUGAUUGGUUAAUGGUUGCCUUGAAUACCAUCGACCAAUCAGAACUAACAUUUGUCCACCAAAACGAUCCCAGAAAUCAUUACGUCGAAAGCUUGUACCCAUUAUCCUUGUAGUCGUAGGAGUGAGGAACUGAUUAUGCAGAAAUAAAUACAGAAAAGGUCAUCAAAGUUAAAAAUGCACGCAACUUAUGCAGUUGCGAAAAGAAAGCCUGAAAAAAUUCGGGGUUGCAGAGAUUCGAACCCUGACCUCUGCGAAAUUUGAGUAAAAGCAAGAGAGUAUCGUAAGAGGGUGAUUGCCGCUGUUGUUGAACUCUUUUCUUUUUCAUUGUCGUAAUCCUCAACAGCUUCUCUAAACUACUCUUAUCCAUGACGACAGUUCCUUCGAAGGGAAAUGAGUUGACGGGACAUAGCCUGCAUGGCGUGUCUCCCUCGCGCGCCCUUUUCUUUUUCGCCCCCAUCUAGGACUAAGACGUAUUUGUUGGAUUAUAAAUAAACGCUGGCCCAUUGGCGCUCAUUGAAGCAAAACAAAAAUGACACUCCUUCCUUCUAAUUGGAAAGUUUUCGAAACAGUCAAGCAAGAUCAGUCUAUGCAAAUGCAGACAAGAGCUUGUCAUGCUUAAACGUUCUAAAUGUUAGAUUCAUCGAUGGGCCACGUCACUUAGAACACUUUGUUUCUUUGUGAAACAUGUACAGGAAUCUACAUGGAAGAGGCUUUGCAAGCGAAUGUGGCAGCAAAAAGGUAACUUAAUUAAAGAUUAGCUUCAGGGCCUUGUGUGCCUCACAGAUCGUUUCACAGAGCAUUUAUUACUACGUAGUGCAGUUUUAUCUAUAUCACUUUUGAUUUUCGGGAUUCUGAAAAAUUCCGAUCGAUGCCGACACUUUGCAACCUUCAAAGUUUACAAAAGAUUUUUAGCAAUAAACUGAUAAACAAUUCAUGAAGCAAAUAUGAUAAUUGACCUUAAAUUCUCUUAAGCUCUAUUAGCUUCUAGCUACAAGCUCAAUGUAGUUUUUAAUUCAAAGCUUCUGUCGCCAUUAGCUAAUGUGCUCGAUAUCUAGCAAAAGUCAUGACCAGAGUUGAUAAUAUCGAAAGAACGAAUAUUUUUCGCGACCCUGAGUAGUGAGGAGACAUAUGUUCAUAUUUCCGCCUCAGUGACGAAACUAGGUCGCCGGUUUUAGUCAUGAACGCCUGUGACCAGCCAGUUCAAAUACAUACACAUAUUAUAAGUCGUAGCAUACCACCCCUUUUCUGUCUACUAAAAAGGAUGUCGGCGUGUUUAUGCUUCUCUGUUGCCCUCGCUGUUAAAAUCGUAGGUGACACGGUUGAUAACCCUGCCGCAGUCAUUGCGCGUUUUAUGUGACACAUUACGGCUCUUCUGCUUUUAGUUGGCAACAACAGAUAAAAAAGCAUCCCAUUCGUCGGAAUUAGUAAAAAACUUGAGAAUUCACAAGUGAACGAAAAGCCAGUGGUCAUAUCGAUUCUAAGUGUAUACACACAAAUGAUGACUUACAAGGCCGAUAAAGCUAAUUGUCAUGGAGUCAAUAUGGAUUACCGUACUUCAACAUUGAAAAUAUAUGUAAUACUACAGGCAAUAUAAUUAUGACGACAGUUAGGGUGUGCUCAGUUAUCUUGCUUCUUAUAUCGAGUGUCGCGGUUAUGAGCAAAUUGAUAUGGUCCAUGUCUGAGUUGUUGUCAGUUUUCUUAUCUGUUUUGCACGUCAGUGUUGUGUUGCUUAGGUAGAUUUUUUUCACCACCGUAUUGUUCUCUCUGGCAUUUAAUAAACUGAUACUGAUAAACCGAUAAUUCAUAAUGCUUGGUUCUAACAAACAAUCUGGUAGUAAAUGAUUUCUGAACUUCUUAUACACUUGCUUCCAUGCAAAAAGGAAAAGUCCUGUCUCUUGUAAUUAAACCAACUAAACUCCCUAAUAUCCAGUAAAGCGGAACCUUGAGGGCUCAAUAGCUGUUCUCCUGCUAAUAUAACGCGCUCGGUUAACCAACUCAAAUCGUCAACAAAUCUUACAUCUAGUUGUUGUGUUCACUAAAUACCCUCGACAGCAAAUGUCGCGUUAAACACCCUUCUUGAAGGCAUUGGUUUUUUCUUAUCAUAGUCAUGCCAGUCAUAUUCAUACUCUCCUAAUUGUCUUAUUAAUUGUGCGGCUUGCCAACUCCUUUACGCGUGACUUCGUUUGUAAAGUUUCAUGGUCUUGUAAUCAUGAAAAUAAAAAUUAAAAAACAAAACAAAUGAAAGCAAUGACAAAGCGAGUUGAUCGUUAGUUGUGGUGUGACUCACGUUUUAUCUUUCUUGCCAAUGUAGGUUAACAAUGAAUUUCCAAGACUUGAACGUUUUCUUCUGCAUCAAAUUUGCUAAAUGGCGACUGCAUCACCUUCACCCCUGGCCAGCUCUCCAGCGAAGACAAAUGGAAACAAGCUGAGCAGGCUUCUCAUCGAUGGCGGAACAACGGUGCUGAGGAAUAUUUUCGAUCAUUAUCACCCACCUGGCAACUUGGUUUCUGACCUCAAUUUCAAUUACUCCAUUCUUAACAACCUUUUGCGUAAAAGAGUGCUAAAUGGCCAUCAGUGGGACAAACUCUUCCCCCCUGGUGGAGGGGUGCCAGACUCCAACACGUUUGACAUCACUCUUCUGUUCCUGCUGCUAACUACCAUUUGCGGCUUAUCCCCUCCCCUGACAGGAUGGCACACCAAGCCGCCCCCUGGUGAUAACACUCUUGAGGCUAACCUUGCUCGCGUUAAGUUCUUCCGGAAUGAGUUGUAUGGUCACGUGACGUCCACAGGGGUUGAUGCGACAUCUUUCUCCUCCUUCUGGCAUGAAAUAAGCAUUACUCUUCAUUCGCUGGGUUUAGAUCAAGCUGAUAUUGACAGACUGAAGGCAGAGCAUGGAACAGAGGAAGAUUACCUUGAUGCCUUAAUUGAGUGGGCUGACAGUGAAGUGGACAUAAAAACGCAGCUGAAAGACAUCCACCAGACGCAACUAAAACUCAGUAAAACAGUUGAAGAUGGCAAUUUAAACAUGGAAGAGCUACGUCAAGCCCUAAGCAAAACUCAGGAUGUUGUAGAUGAAGCAGUGGAGAUAGAACUCAAAGGACAUCAAGAAUUGAGGGCAGCACACCAGGAAAGCAUGUCACGUUUAGAGGGAGUGUGUGAGUCCCAAACUAAAACAAGCCAAGCUGUGGACGAAAUUCGUGAAUCAAUCCAAGAAGUAAAACAGGAAGUAAAAGGCUUGACGAAAAAGAAAAGCGAGCACGCAGAUGAAGUGCUUAGGACCCUUGUGAAGUUUGAAUUCAAAGGAGACAUAGAAUUUCAUGCAAAGAAAUUCCAGGAAGGAACUCGUGAGUGGAUCUUCAAGAGCAUCGAAGACUGGUUAGACGACCGGAGCUCGCCACAUCGGGCGAUGGUAAUCAGUGGAAAUCCAGGAAUGGGAAAGACUGUUAUCUCCGCUGUUGUUUCGCAAAGAAUUCAAAAAGCUGGAAGACUCUCGGGAAGCCACUUUUGUCAGCAUGACGAUUCACGCUACCGAGAUCCACAUUUAAUGCUCCAGUCUUUGGCCUGUCACUUAUGUCAAGCGAUGCCAAAUUACAAAGAUGCUCUAGUGGAACAGCUGUCAAGAAAUCUGGGUAAAGACCUCAACAACAUGGGUAUAAAAGAGCUGUUUGCGUUGCUGUUUAAAGAGCCUCUAAGCACAGUGCAAGAUCCUGAAAGAAACAUUCUAAUAGUCAUAGAUGGCCUCGAUGAAAGCGAGUACAAAGGACGCAGUGAGCUUCUACAUGUAAUCAGUAACCAUUUCUCUAUGCUUCCAGUCUGGAUCAGAAUUUUGAUCACAACUCGUCCAGAGAAGAACGUUACAGAGGCAUUGCGACAUUUGAAACCAAUAGAGCUUGAACAAAAACAAGAAGAAAACUUAAAGGACAUUCAAACCUUGUUUGAAACACAACUCAGCCUCAAAAUUGGUGAGGAGCAUAAACAUGUUCUCUUGAAAGAGCUGGUCAAGAAAUCAGAAGGCCUGUUUAUUUACGCUUACUUUAUAGUGGAUUUUAUCCAAAAGAAUGUUUCAAUUCUCACUCCUGAUCAGGUGGAAAGUGUGUUACCUUCAGAUAUUUCAUCCGUUUACUUGUCCUAUUUUACACGGUUAGAGGAUGAACUUUGCAAAGAGCUUAAUGCAGAUGAGGAACACUUUUUGCGUUUCCUGUGUGCAUUGACCGCUGCAAGGGAACCAUUACCAGUAGAAUUCAUCGCCAAAAUUCUAAACCCGGGAGGAAAAUCUUUGACUGCGCAACGAAAAAUUAACAAGGCGAUAUCUUGCAUCUCUACACUGUUACCAGUUCGGGAGGGUCGUCUUCACUUCUUUCACAAGUCAAUCAAGGACUGGCUAGUAGCAUCAUCGCCCUAUGAACCACAUGAUUUCACCGUGGACGAGAAAGAAGGUGAUACUGUCCUUUCUGAUCUGUGUGCUUCUGAACUCGAUAGCUUGCAGCGAAAAGGGGUUCAUGGCAAACAGUUUUCGAAUACUGAAACAUAUGCUUUGCAUCAUGGUACUCAGCACAUGCUUGAGGUCACCGAUCAUGACUGCGCUGACAAAUCAAGAACCAAUAGUGUCACAGUAGAACAGGUGUACCGAUACGCAACAGAAGUCGAACUUAUUUAUGCAAAACUUUGUGUUAAGAGCACAUCAGCUAUAGAAGAUCUUCUCAGCCUCCACCGUGAGAAUUCCGGAAUAGUAAGCGAGGAAAAAGAUUUUGUUGUGACUUCUCUCCUAAGUCUUCUGAGAAAACACUCUUACAUCUUGUUUGAUUACCCUCACCUAUUUUUCCAGUGUUUGAUUAACGAAGGUACCCAUGGAUUAUCGUCUACAGCAGCAGGUAUUGUUAAGUCAUCAACUCCAAAGGUGCCAUACAUGAAGUAUUUAGACAAUGAGAAACAAAAGGGAGCCGUUCAGGGACGAUUUUACUGUUCAGAUAAAAUCGCAUGUUUUGAUAUUUCACCUAAAUUGGAUUACAUGGUAUGCGAGUGUCGAGAUGAAACAAUCCAUCUUUUUUCCCUGCUGACUGGUACCAAAGUAUGGGUUCGUCCAUCGUUAACAAACAGAAGGUAUAGUUCCAAAGAGGCAUAUGCGGGUACUGGUGCAUAUCGACAAACUGGGCAUUUUCUGUCAUUUUAUCAUUCUGUCACAUUUCAUCCAAAUGGGAAGUCGGUAAUACCAGGAACUCUUAAAUAUGUUUACACCAUUAGUGGAGAUAGGGAAGAACUUUUUGUGGACAGUGACUGCACAUUUUCAUAUUGC